AUGGCGGCCAAUCGCGAGGGACCUCAGACAGGGAUCUGCCGGGGGAAGGACCUCGGUCAGGGAUCUGCCGGGAGAGGGACCUCGGUCAGGGAUUUGCCGGGAGAGGGACCUCAGACAGGGAUCUGCCGGGAGAGGGACCUCAGUCAGGGAUCUGCCGGGAGAGGGACCUCGGUCAGGGAUUUGCCGGGAGAGGGACCUCAGUCAGAGAUCUGCCGGGAGAGGGACCUCAGUCAGAGAUCUGCCAGGAGAGGGACCUCAGUCAGAGAUCUGCCGGGUGAGGGACCUCAGUCAGGGAUUUGCCGGGAGAGGGACCUCAGUCAGGGAUCUGCCGGGAGAGGGACCUCAGUCAGAGAUCUGCCGGGUGAGGGACCUCAGUCAGGGAUUUGCCGGGAGAGGGACCUCAGUCAGGGAUUUGCCGGGAGAGGGACCUCAGUCAGGGAUCUGCCGGGAGAGGGACCUCGGUCAGGAAUCUGCUGGGAGAGGGACCUCGGUCAGGAAUCUGCUGGGAGAGGGACCUCAGUCAGGGAUCUGCCGGGAGAGGGACCUCGGUCAGGGAUCUGCUGGGAGAGGGACCUCAGUCAGGGAUUUGCCGGGAGAGGGACCUCAGUCAGAGAUCUGCUGGGAGAGGGACCUCGGUCAGGGAUCUGCCGGGAGAGGGACCUCGGUCAGGAAUCUGCUGGGAGAGGGACCUCGGUCAGGAAUCUGCUGGGAGAGGGACCUCAGUCAGAGAUCUGCCGGGAGAGGGACCUCAGUCAGGGAUCUGCCGGGAGAGGGACCUCAGUCAGAGAUCUGCCGGGAGAAGGACCUCAGACAGGGAUCUGCCGGGAGAAAGACCUCAGUCAGAGAUCUGCCGGGAGAAGGACCUCAGACAGGGAUCUGCCGGGAGAAAGACCUCAGUCAGAGAUCUGCCGGGAGAAGGACCUCAGACAGGGAUCUGCCGGGAGAGGGACCUCGGUCAGGGAUCUGCCGGGAGAGGGACCUCGGUCAGGGAUCUGCCGGGAGAGGGACCUCGGUCAGGGAUCUGCUGGGAGAGGGACCUCAGUCAGGGAUUUGCCGGGAGAGGGACCUCAGUCAGAGAUCUGCUGGGAGAGGGACCUCGGUCAGGGAUCUGCCGGGAGAGGGACCUCGGUCAGGAAUCUGCUGGGAGAGGGACCUCGGUCAGGAAUCUGCUGGGAGAGGGACCUCAGUCAGAGAUCUGCCGGGAGAGGGACCUCAGUCAGGGAUCUGCCGGGAGAGGGACCUCAGUCAGAGAUCUGCCGGGAGAAGGACCUCAAACAGGGAUCUGCCGGGAGAAAGACCUCAGUCAGAGAUCUGCCGGGAGAAGGACCUCAGACAGGGAUCUGCUGGGAGAAAGACCUCAGUCAGAGAUCUGCCGGAAGAGGGACCUCAGUCAGGGAUUUGCCGGGAGAGGGACCUCGGUCAGGGAUCUGCCGGAAGAGGGACCUCAGUCAGAGAUCUGCCGGGAGAGGGACCUCAGUCAGGGAUCUGCCGGGAGAGGGACCUCAGUCAGGGAUCUGCCGGGAGAGGGACCUCAGUCAGGGACCUGCCGGGAGAAGGAACCUCGGUGAGAGAUCGGCCGGGAGAGGGACCUCAGUCAGAGAUCCCCUCAGUCAGGGAUCUGCCGGGAGAGGGACCUCAGUCAGAGAUCUGCCGGGAGAGGGACCUCGGUCAGAGAUCUGCCGGGAGAGGGACCUCGGUCAGAGGUCUGCCGGGAGAGGGACCUCGGUCAGAGAUCUGCCGGGAGAGGGACCUCGGUCAGAGAUCUGUCGGGAGAGGGACCUCGGUCAGAGAUCUGCCGGGAGAGGGACCUCGGUCAGGGAUCUGCCAGGAGAGGGACCUCGGUCAGGGAUCUGCCGGGAGAGGGACCUCGGUCAGGGAUCUGCCGGGAGAGGGACCUCGGUCAGGGAUCUGCCGGGAGAGGGACCUCGGUCAGGGAUCUGCCGGGAGAGGGACCUCGGUCAGGGAUCUGCUGGGAGAGGGACCUCGGUCAGGGAUCUGCCGGGAGAGGGACCUCAGUCAGGGAUCUGCCGGGAGAAGGACCUCAGUCAGGGAUCUGCCAGAAGAGGGACCUCAGCCAAUGACCUCGUUACAUAA